CGGCGGCUCUAACCAACUACCAAGUCUCGUUUCCCAGUGGUAAAACGAGAGGACUUGCGACUUGGUCGAGAACUCCAUGGCCCAGACAAAACAGUGUUUUUAAGACUGGAUGAAUAACAACCGCAGAGGGCUGAGGAUCUUGCCUCCUUUGUUCCCACCGUGUCCUGCGGGACACACAACAGCCUUUGCAGCAACAAUCGUCUCUCAUCACGGGGAUGCAUGCAUCUCCUCGAAAGAGCCGGCGAUUCGCUUUACCUACUCAUCCUCAAGCCACUGACGUUGCUGACGCGGUCACAGUCGUUUCUCAUACGGGGAGUCUCUUGGUUGCAGGUACCAUAGACGGGCGUGUGGUCGCCUGGGACGUGCAUACUGGGCAACUCGUUUGUUCAAUACCAUCGUACUCUGAGAAACAGACGAUGGUAACCUGCCUAUUCGGAAUCGGUAUUCCUGGCUUUGAGCGCUGCUUUGCUGGUAAGGCAGAUGGAACGGUCUCUGAGUAUGAUCUGCAAAGUGGUCAGCUGGUCUCUACGUGCGGUUAUUAUGAAUCUCGGGUCCGCUGCUUAACUUACGAUGUACGAGCUAGAAAAUUGUUGGUGGGAACAGGUGAGGGACGAGUAGCAGAAGUGGAUGUACGAAAACAUAAUCCUGGCCGAGUGGGAAGAUAUCUGGAGAAGUUCCCACAACAGGAAAUUGGUGCAAUGUGCUUUCAUAAAGGGCGGCUAUACAUUGCUGUCGGCUGCACAAUUGUUUGUCGACCGAACUCUACAAGGUCGACCUACCCAUUGCAACAUGCCGCUAUAAUUGAUGCCAUGUGCAUCGCAAUGGGCGACAAGAAUUUCCUUUGUAGCGCGGCAAGGGACGGUUCAAUAUGUCUGUGGCGAUUUAGUGGGCAGGAUUUGAUUUGCGUAGCGUCCGCUUUUGCCCGCUCUCCCAGCGCAAUCAAACAAGUUUCGCUUCUGCGGAUGAAUUUAACAUGGGAUGAGAGCCGUGAGCGGUUGUACAGUUUGCGACAUGACGGUAUCGUCAAUGAAUGGAAAAUCGGCGUGACCAGCAACGAGGACAGCAAAGUGGCAUUAUCGUGCACAUCAACAUAUAUGACACGGCAAUGUCAUGCCGAACAGAUCUACUCUCGUUUCUCGCCUUCAUUACCACCUCCACCAAUAUGCAGCGCUGUCGGCCGUUUAUUCACCAAGGAUACUGGUUGCGUUGUAGAGUUGGAGCAUGUAAACAGACAACCGUUGGACUGGAGCGGGAAGGAGCAGGAGGAGUCGAUCAAUGACGUCCUCAAUGCACAAGUACGAGUCGAUGGCGGUGUUCUCGAUGCCCAAGUACGAGUAUCUCUGGAUGACGAUAAGACGCCCGUACGUGUCUCCCUGGAGGAUGAUGGAGAACAUCAGUAUGUUUUCAUUAGUGCAAGGAUCAAGGAUUGACACUCGAAUAAUCAGAAGGCUGACCACUCGAACGUGAAAAUCGACCUUUACCAGACCAGUUUUUCCUGGUUUACUUCAGUAUCCGGAGCUCCCAUGGGUGCAACUCAGGAUCCGAAAUUCUCAUUCGCCAGACUUACCAAUGCUACUCCUCAAUGGAGAUUAGGUUGUUUCUUGGUAGAGUGUUUACUGUAUGCAAUCCAACCAAAUGCCAACGCCAAGUGUAGCUAUAUAGAGGGGGUGAAUAAACGGCUGGACUGCAGGGGUUUUGGUAAACCACAUUGGGCAAAGCUCGGCAAGGGCCGUGGUGGAACUAAGUUUAGAUAAUCAUUGAACGAGCAACAAAUAGAGAAUGUCCUUUCUUAUGGUUCAAACACGAACGAAGGGUAUUUGAGCACUUUGAACAUCAACCUGUGCGUCGAACGAUCACUUUCCUG